UGUGCCACGAGCGCUGCCGUCGGUGUCAGCGGAAAGUCACAGGGGGAAAAAAGAAGAAAAAAUUGCAAGUUUUUUUUCGGCUACAAAAUUCACAUUUUCUAAAGAACAGAAAAUAGGAAUUUCACAUGGAGAUCAACAAGACGACGCUGGGGAUUGCAGCGGGUGUGGCGGGUACACUCUUUCUCGGCUAUUGCAUUUAUUUUGACCAUAAACGCCGCAGUGAUCCGGAAUAUAAGAAAAAAGUCCGGGAGAGGCGCCGCAAGGCAAAGAAGGCAGCUGCCGGAAGACGCCCCGAGAUUCCAAAUCUUGUAGAUAAGGAUGCAGUUCAGAGGUUCUUCCUGCAGGAGAUCCAAAUGGGUGAGAUGCUGAUUAGCAGCGGACACAUUGAGCAGGGAGUUGAGCACCUAGCUAGUGCUGUGGUUGUCUGCGGACAACCAACGCAGCUACUACAAGUGUUGCAGCAGACACUGCCAGCACAAGUGUUCACGCUUCUCAUUCACAAAAUGAAGGAGUAUGGCAAUAAAAUGGAGCAGCAGGCCAAGGAGGGUCAAGUGGAGGAGCUAACAGAUGACCUCGAAUAGCCCUAUAAUCCAAACUUACUACUAUAUUAGUCUAUAUACUUACUACCGAAGUAACCUACAACAAAGAGAAACAAAAAAUGAAACCCAGGACGGCACAAAUUGUUGGCUUCUUUGAGUUGCGCCCACAGAGUUCACCCAAAAAAGAAAAAUUAAUUAAUAAAAAUUUCUGCAUUGAUAGGUUGUUCCAUUUAAAAUGAAAAAUUGUAAAUGAACAGUAAAAGAAAAAUUGUCAAAAACCCAUAAUUUUGAAUUUUUAGUGUAAUAAAAUAUUUUUCUUCACGUGUUCA